UCUUCCACCAUUUCUUCGAAGUGUGAAUCAAGUACAGCUGCCUAUACUUACCCCUCACAGAAGCAGAGACCGGAUGCAGAGGCCGGCCGGACCGUCCCCACUCAACCCGCUUAAGCCGCCUCCGCCUGCCCAGGUACACGAUCUGGGGUAACCAAGGCCGAGAUCCGAAAUAGGACUACUGUGAUAUAUACGAUGAACUACCUAUUCUAUGCAGGAAUGCUCACUGCUCCGACUCAUUGUUGAAGCAUACAUUUUUAAAAAAAAAGAAGUUUCCAUUCCCCUUCAUUCUCUUUCAGCUGAGCUCUUUGCGCGCCGUUUUUCACCCAGUGAUUAAAUCAUGCGCUCCUACGCAACAUGUUUCCAACGGACCAGCGUUGCUGCGCGCCCUUCAUCAGCUCGACGAGGUUUCCUAGGCGCCAGCGGUCUUGCACAGCAUCAUAUACACAUCCGACGAGCACCUUUCGCGAGUACACAUGCCAUGGCUUUCUCGACGGACAGAGCCAACACGGUCGGCUUCAUUGGCCUUGGUGCCAUGGGACAUCACAUGCUCAACAACCUGAUCGCGAGGUAUAAGCAGCCGGGAGGCGGAGAGGUUGGCUUUGCCUUGUGCGACGUGAACCAGGCCGCGGUGGAGAAUAUCAUGGAGCGUCAUGCCACGCAAAACCCUAAUGUACCGCUCACGAGCUGCGCGUCACCUUACGAUGUAGCGCAGAAAGCAUCCACUAUUAUCAGCAUGGUGCCUACUGGGAAACACGUGCAGGAGGUCUAUGUUGGUGAAGGGAAGAGUGUGCUGAGCGCUCUCAAGAGCAUGAGUCAGGAUCAAAGGGCAUCGACCCUCUGCAUGGAUCAGUCAACAAUUGAGCAAAGUGUUAGCAAGGUGGUCGCGUUGCAAUUGAGGGAAGCUGGCGCAGAUUUAGUGGACGCCCCUGUCUCGGGAGUCGUUGGUGCGGAGAAGGGCACCCUAGCGAUCAUGGUCGGCGGAUCAAAGUCCUCCUUUGAUCGAGCAGUCCCAGUACUGGAGUCCAUGGCUCGCAAGGUAACGUACUGCGGGGAUCUCGGUGCAGGGCUUGCCGCGAAGAUCUCGAACAACCUCCUUCUCGGUAUCACGAUGCUUGGUUUAAGUGAGGCUAUGUUGCUCGGUAAGAGGCUAGGCGUGGACCCUCAAGUGCUCGCCGACAUUAUCAACAGCUCUACGGGACGCUGUUGGUCUAGCGAGAUCAACCAUCCCGUUCCUGACGUCAGAGUUGGUGACGCUAGCCCCCCAGCACACCGAAACUACGAAGGCGGCUUCGUUACGAAGCUUGCUCACAAGGAUCUCGCUCUCGCAGUUGCUGCUGCGAACGAGGUCGAUAUCCCUCUUUCUGUCGGUCGAUGCGUUGAGGAGACCUAUCGACCAUUGGCCAAGUCCAAAGAGUUUGGAGACCGGGACUUUAGUGUGAUAUACGAGGCCCUCGAUCUCCACAAACCCUUGGCGGGGAGUUCCAAGCUCUAG